AGCAGACCCAGCAAACAUACAGUAUACAACAAAGGUCCAAACACAACACACAGCCUAAACACAACACAGUCGCAGUCUGAAACUUCUGCAACCAAAAGAGGAUGAAGCUUCUAUUCUGUCUGAUAGCAACUGUAACUGUGAUCCACACAACCUCAGCGAGGCUCUUGAGAGAGAAAAGACAGGAUGUGUAUGUGUUUUCUACGGGUGGUGUUAACACAGGUCUGACAGGUCUUACCUUUUCCUGCCUCAAUGGUGGUACCGCCUUGAAACACCAGGGGGAGCACUUGCUGUGCAUCUGCCCUACAGGCUUCUCGGGCGAGUUCUGUGAAAAAGCAUCUUCGUCUUCCACUUCGUUCUCCUCAGCUGCCUCCGCCUCCUCCCUCUUCUCCUCCUCCUCCUCCUGCCUCAACGGUGGCAAAGCUUUGACCCAUGAGGGGGAACACUUGCUGUGCAUCUGCCCUACUGGCUAUUCAGGCGAAUACUGUGAAAAAGGCUCCUCCUCUUCUUCCUCCUCUUCCUCCUCUUCCUCCGUGCCCUCCACCACCUGUUACGCUGGCAUCGGGCUGUACUACAGGGGCACCGAGUCCCACGCCAGGAGCGGGCGCAGAUGCAUCACGUGGACCCCCGCCACCAACCACGGAGAUGGCAUGGGACAACACAACUACUGCCGGAAUCCUGACUACAGCCGUAAGCCUUGGUGUUAUGUGAAGCGAUCCAUUGGCGUCCUCAAAGAGUACUGUAGCGUCCCACGCUGUGUCUCUUUGCCUGGCCCAUCAUUUCCCAGCAAGCCAGACACAGCCGGACCGACUCUCCCUACACCAACCACUCCAGGAACUGAGGCCACCUGUGGGGACAGGCAGAGGAAGGUAAUGAAGAUCGUGGGCGGCUCAGUCACGCCUGUGCAGUCGCAGCCCUGGAUGGCGGCCAUCUUCUUCAGGUCCUCCCGCCGCACGGGCUUCCUGUGCGGAGGCAGCCUCAUCGCCCCCUGCUGGGUGCUCACAGCAGCACACUGCUUCCCCGACGGGGAGAGCACAAAUGCCAGGAAGUUGUCUGUGGUCCUCGGCAAGAACGCCGUCAAUGAAACAGACGCGACGAGUGAGCAGAAGUUUGAUGUCACCCAAGUGAUCACCCACGAGGACUUUGACAACAGUGAAGGAAGCUACAACAAUGAUAUAGCUCUGCUGAAAAUCAGGUCCAAGGCAGGAGAGUGUGCCAAGGAGACUGAGACAGUGAGGACAGUGUGCUUGCCUGUAGCCAACCAGGCAGUGCCUACCGGAGACGCCUGCGAGAUCGCUGGGUACGGCAAAGAGAAAGAAGCCCUGUGGCACUAUUCCCAGUACCUGCGGGAGGGGAAGGUGGACGUCAUCUCCCAGGACCUGUGCUCCAGUAAGACCUACUACGGCAACAUGAUCACAGACAACAUGUUCUGUGCCGGCAGCCCCAACUGGUCAACAGACGCCUGCAAGGGUGACUCCGGGGGCCCGCUGACGUGCGAGGUGAAUGGCCGCAUGGUUCUCUUCGGCGUCAUCAGCUGGGGAGACGGCUGUGCCAAGGCCUUCCGGCCGGGGGUGUACACCCGCGUCGGCAACUACAACAGCUGGAUAGCCAAGCACACCGGAGGCCAGGCGAGCCCCAAAGCCGACAUCGAUAGCACUCACUUACUGGAAUGAGCAACUGUCUGUGUGGACCAACUGCCACAUGAGCAAGGCUGGCUAUAGCCCCCCCAGCCACUAGUGAGACACAGUCAGGACUGGACUGGGCCUGAAACAAAACCCUGGCAUUUUUGGCACAGACCAGCCUCUCACAUAGCACCGUGCUUUUCUACGACAUGAUUUUCUCAGUCCACUGUCUAUAUUAAAGAUAGAUCAACGGGCCAAUCCAUCUAAAUUGAGGACCAUUCUCUAUGAAAAAAACGAAAGAAACAUAGAAACUAAAACAAUAGCAUCGGCCCCUGGUGACUGUUGGCCCACCGGGAAAAUGCCCUGUGUGCCAGAUUACCAGUCCAUCCCUGGACACAGUGCAAUAAUUAGCACAAAUUAAGUUUGCACUGCACUUUGAGUUGCAUGCCUUGUAUGAUACAGUGCUAUACAAAUACAAUUAUUAUUAUUAUUAUUAUUAUUAUUAAACAAAAGAAGACACCACCACCGCACAGUGCUUGAGUGACGCUGUGUAGUAUAUGUUGUA